CUGCACUGUGGGCUCUUCCUGUUAAUCCCAGAUCUAACCAUAUAAACAGGUAUAACGCGGAGAGGACGUUCAAUCAAUCCACAACGCAAACCUUGGAUUAGGAUAAUACACUCUACUCCAUCAAAAAUGAAGACAGAUAUAAUGUGGAUUUACAAACUUCUCUUGUGUGUUGUGCUCGCUGUGAAUUCAGAGUGCAGGAAGCAGUCGUUACAGAAGUACCAUCUAUGUCCUGUCUCAGAGUGCACGAAGCAGUCGUUACAGAUGUACCAUCUCUGUCAUGUCUCAGAAUGCAGGAAGCAGUCGUUACAGAAGUACCAGAAGAGUGAGGACACCAGGCUGCUGUGUCCAGACUGCCCCCAGCCCUCCAUGGUCAAGAACAGCCGCUCGCUGGAGCACUGUGCUCGCAAGUGCAGCAAGAACAAGAAAAUCUUCACCUGCAGGGCAUUCUACUUUGACCAUCAAAACAGGAAAUGCCACUUGCUUCCCUUUGACCGCUUCAUGGACGGUGCUCACAGGGAACACAGGGUGAACUUUGACCUUUACGAGAAGAAAGAUUAUGUGAGGGAGUGUAUCAUCGGGUCCGGGGUGAACUACAAAGGAAGGAGGGCGGUAACCAAGGCCAAGAUUCCCUGUCAGUCAUGGACUGAAUCUUUCCCUCACGAACACACCUUCCAGCCGGCGAGACUGGGCAAGAAGGACCUGAAUGGGAACUUCUGCCGUAACCCCAAGAACGAGAGCAGUGGGCCCUGGUGUUUCACUACAGAUCCAGAGGUCAGGCACCAGGAGUGUGGCCUGCCCCAGUGCUCCCAAGUGGAGUGUAUGAGGUGUAACGGGGAGGACUACAAAGGACCGAUGGAUCAUACAGAGACUGGGAAGGAGUGUCAGAGAUGGGAUUCAGCCAAGCCCCACAGACACCCCUACCAACCUAAAAAGUACCCUGAUAAAGGGCUGAAUGACAACUACUGCCGGAACCCGGACAACCGUCUGCACCCGUGGUGUUACACAAUGGACCCACACACACCCUGGGAGUACUGCAACAUCAGUGUGUGUGAACCAGGUAAUGACUCUGAUAAGGACGCUACAUCGUCGUGUUUCAGGGAGCAGGGACAGAGUUACCGCGGUAAUGUGAGCGUCACGCCGUCGGGCAUCACAUGUCAACGCUGGGACUCCCAGUUCCCCCAUAACCACUCCUACAGCCCGCAGAACUACAAGUGCAAAGAUCUGAGAGAAAACUACUGUCGGAACCCAGAUGGUGCAGAGAUCCCAUGGUGCUUCACUACAGAUCCUAACCAGAGACUAGCCUUCUGCACCAAUAUACCCCGGUGUGAGACAGAGAGCAUCGACACAGAAGAUUGUUAUGAGGACAAUGGAGGGAAUUACACAGGCAAUUUAUCCAAGACCAGAUCAGGAAUUCCCUGCGGACUGUGGGCAAAUCAUAGCAACAGUGGAGAAUCCAGUGUGGGUCUGGAGAGGAACUUGUGCAGGAAUCCAGACAAGGAUAAGCACGGCCCCUGGUGUCACACUACAGACCCCUCCAUCCCAUGGGAUUACUGCAAGCUCAAACGCUGUGAUAAGUCUCCGAACAUCUCUGCCCACCCAAGAAGCAUCUCUCUCGUGUCCAAGCCAUCCUGCUUCAUCCACAAGACCACCCGGAUCGUUGGAGGAGCCCAGGUCCACAAGGCUAAAAAUGGUAGCUGGGUUGUCAGUAUCCAAAAAGGGAACACUCACUGGUGCGGUGGCUCGCUGAUCCGAGAGGAAUGGGUGCUGACGGAUCAACAGUGCUUCUCCUCCUGUGUUCCAGACCUGAGUGAGUACAGUGUACAGGUGGGCCUCCUUCACCUCAACUCAUCCUCAGACCACCCCAGGCUCCGCAUCGCACACGUGGUCUGUGGCCCAGAGGGAUCCAACCUGGCCCUGCUCAAACUGGCCAAGCCUGCCCCUCUGUCUGAGCAUGCCUUCACCAUCCAGCUCCCAGUAGCAGGCUGUGGGAUCACAGACGGAACCAACUGUCUCAUGUACGGCUGGGGAGAGACCAAAGGGACAGGAUAUGAGGGGGCACUGAAAGCUGUGAGUCUGCCCAUGGUCAGUAACAACAGGUGUUCUGAGCUCCACGACAAAAACAUGCCCGUCUCUGACAGCAAAGUGUGUGCCGGGGGCAUUAAAGACCAGGGAGUGUGUGAGAGAGACUACGGUGGCCCUUUGGUGUGCCAGGAGCGGGAGAGCAAAGUAAUUGUGGGCGUGAGCAUCCACGGCCGAGGCUGUGCCCUGGCCCGGCGGCCCGCCAUCUUCGUCAAUGUGGCCUACUACUCGGGGUGGAUCCACAAAGUCUUCAUACACUACUCCAGGUUGGAGGAAAAACUACUGGAAGAAGCACCGACCAAACCACUCCAUUCAGGACUGCACCACAAGCCUGCAAGAGGAGGGGUGGAGCAUUCAGGACUGUACCACUAGCCUGCAAGAGGAGGGGUGGAGCAUUCAGGACUGUACUACAGCACUGUAAGAGGAGGGGUGGAAUAUUUAGGACUGUACCACAAGCCAGGAGGAUGGGGAAUGAUCUCUCCAACAGAGGAUGCCUAACUAACAAGACCGUUGGGAGAUGUAAGAAUGUGGAAACUGACUUUAUGGGAAGCAGCCAUUUUGGGGCUUCGUGGCUGGACGUUGCCUCAGUUUUUGGAGGGAAAAAACACUAUGAAUGAAGGAGAGAUAUUUUGGGACGUUCAGAGGCUGGAAAUACAAGGACAUGUUCAGAUAGGCUGAAAAGGAUAUGAAGGAUUCUUAUAAUAUGCAAAUGAUUUAAUGCAGGACCAGGUUGUUAUGCCUUGAUCACACCGAUAGCGUCAUUGCGCAAAAUAGUAUGCAGCAUCAUCUGGAUUGUGUGCAACAAAAGGUCAACAUUCACCUUCUGCUACCAUUUCUGUCAAUCCGUCUACGCUUACAGUUUGACACAUACGUUCGAUAAAUCCAACAUAUGCACCACACAGAAUGCACUGCAACUGCCUCUGCAACGCAAUGCUGCAAGGC